GUAGCAAAGAAGAAGAAGAAGGUGGAAAAAGGAAAGAAGGAGAGCGCAACAGCAGGUCCGACACGACAGCCCUUCGAUAGGGAACGCGAUCUUCUUGUCUCGCGCGUGGACCCACUUAAACGUCGAGCUAUCAUCGAACGCUCCAAGCAGUUGAGCUCUAAGUUCGCUCAUGGAGGACAGAAGUUCCUCUGA